UGGACGUUGAAAAAAUAAAGAUAUUGUUUUAUAAAUAAAUUUCUUUUUUAAUCUUUCAUUUCCUUUUUACUUAUGCCGGAUGUUUUUUUAUUUUUGGAUCAUGACAUCCCAUAUGAUUGGACAAUUUUAAAGGGCCGCGGACUGAAGCCAAUUUUUUAGGGCGUCACUUUCAUGUUGGGUCUAGUCUUUUUUCCUUUUUCUCUUUUUUUGUAUCCAUUUGUAUUGUUAUAUAUCCUUUUUUUUUGUACAUAAAUACAAUUGAUGACAGGUGGACGACUGACAGGUAGUACUGAUCUAUUGACGUACUACGGGUUAGUGACAUGUUACAAGAAAUACAUUUCUCAAACAAUCGAUCCUACGUUAUUUUCAUUUGUUGCUGAUCUUCCUGGCAAGACAACAGUAGAACCAGAUGGAUAUCUUAUGGAUUUAUUACAUGAUCCUCAUAUUGAAGCGGAUUCAGCAAAUACCAUUCGACCUUUAGAUAUGGCGACUUUGAAAGAAUCUUAUCAUUUAAGAGAAGGACCUGUUCCAGGUUUUGAUGUGUCUUUGUUGGGAACAGACGAUGAUGGAGGUAGAAACUCAGGACAAUAUAUUGACAAAGAUGUCUAUGGUAUUUCUGAUGGUGAACGCAAACAUAAAAAGAAGGUAAUAUGGUCAUUUAUAUUAAAGUAUACAUGUUGACUUUUUUUUGUUAUAUAGAAAAAGAAACGAAAACAUAGUCAUGAACAUGACGACGAUGGACAUAGUGAUCAUAAAAAGAAAAAGAAAAGAAAGAAGGAACGUGAACAUUCUUCUAGAAGAGAUGAAAAUGAAGGUGAUAAUGUGAUUGUGGAUUAAUACAGCGAAGUUGAAAAUCUUUUUCUUUUUUGUUUAUUAAUAAAAAAAAAUCAAGUUAUCAAGACGAAAGAAAAUAUAU